AUGGCAGUGGGCGCUGGCCCUGCUGAGCGAGAUGCGGGAGGCGAAACUGGACCCAACGCAAUCAGCUACAAUGCUGGGAUCAGCGCGUGCGAGAAAGGCUGCCAGUGGCAACAUGCACUGUCGCUGCUCCACAGAAUGCGGAAGGCGAAUUUGAAGCCAGACGUCAUCAGCUACAGCGCUGGGGUCAGCGCGUGCGGAUCAGGCGGGCAGUGGCAGCAGGCUCUGUCGCUGCUUAGCGAGAUUUGGGAGGCGAAGUUGAAGCCAAACAUAAUAAGCUACAACGCUGGGAUCACCGCGUGUGAGAAAGGUGAGCAGUGGCAGCAGUCGCUGUCGCUGCUAAGCGAAAUGAGGGAAGCGCAGCUGGAGCCCAACACCAUCAGCUACAAUGCUGGGAUCAGCGCGUGCGAAAAAGGGAGGCAGUGGCAGCAGGCUUUGUCGCUGCUCCGCGAGAUGUGGGAG